CCGCAGUAUAGAGUACAGCGGCGACGGCGGCGAACAUGGUAGGGGCGGCGGACGGGAAGCUGGUGAUAGGAGACUUGAGGGUGCUGAAGCCAUUGGCGCACCUGCUGAUCGGGCUGGUGCUGUACUGGGUGGCCGAGGAGAUGACGGUGCCGGUGAUCGUCGACGUCACCACCGCGGCGCUCUGCCCCGGCGACGGCAGCAGCUGCCCGGAGGCCAUCUACCUCACCGGCCUCCACCAAACGGUUGGAGGCAUUUUCAGAGCGGUAGGGUUCACUCUGAUGGGGCAGCUUGCUGACGAAUACGGCAGGAAGCCUCUUCUCAUCCUCGCCGCCUCCGCCUCCAUCAUCCCUUACAGUGUGCUUGCUUUGAGCAGCACCAAGGUCGCCGUGUAUGUCUAUCUUGUUCUGCGCACUAUCUCCUUCAUGGUCGGCCAAGGGACCAUAACCUGCCUCGCAUUGGCGUACACGGCGGAUUUGGUCGAACCGUCUAAGCGAGCGUUCGCUUUCGGUUGCCUGACCGGGAUCCUGUCCGCUUCGCAUUCCCUAGGGAACGUCUUCUCCAGGUUUCUGCCCGAGCAGUGGAUUUUUCAGGUCUCGGUUCUUUUGUUGCUUUGUUCCGCGAUCUACAUGAAGAUGUGUCUGGUUGAGACACUUCAGAAAGCUCCCUCUGGUUCCUGUCGGCGUCUGUCCUUGUUGUCUUUGGUUCUCAGUUUACCACAGCAGCGUUGGGCGUCCAUCAAGGAGAACAUUAGCUUGGUUAAAACCAAUGACACACUUAGGCGAGUCACAUACAUUUCUUUCUUCUAUGAAUUGGGAAUGAUUGCCAUUAGCGAUGUUCUACUGUAUUAUCUGAAGUCAGUAUUUGGUUUUGACAAGAACCAGUUCUCUGAAAUUCUAAUGGUGGUUGGAAUUGGCUCAAUCUUUUCUCAGAUUGUGAUACUCCCAGUUAUGAUCCAUGCAAUUGGCGAAAAGGGAGUUUUAUGCAUUUCAGUACUUGCAUCGGUUGCUUAUGCUACGUUGUACGGUUUGGCAUGGAGUUGGUGGGUUCCAUAUUUUGCUUCUUCACUGGGUAUCAUCUAUGUUAUGGUCAAACCGGCUACUUAUGCAAUCAUCUCAAGAGAAGUAGUGUCAGCUGACCAGGGAAAGGCACAAGGAUUCAACGCAACAGUGAAAUCCACAGCUGUACUGAUGGCACCGUUGUUCAUGAGCCCUCUGACCUCCUACUUCCUUUCAGAAGAAGCGCCAUUCAACUGCAAAGGUUUCAGUUUCCUGGUCGCCGGUUUCUUCUUGGCAAUAUCCUUGGCGUUUGCUUGGAUGCUUGACCCAGAAAGCAAGGACAGCACAGGACUUUCAGGUGCAGAUCAGCUUAAUCAGGAAGCAGUGCAAGCACCACUGUUGGCACAGCCAUGACGAAGGCCUAAGGAAUUAUGGAUCUGAAGAAUGCUUAUUUGCAGCUCCAGUCGAUAACUAGAGUAAUCCUGUAGCAGUGGGCGGUGUUACCAGUUUCUGCCACAAAAUUAGCUUCAGAUCAGUAUCAAUGAUCUCCCCUGUCUGCCUCUUCCAUAAUCCUAUUCAUUUUCAGAGAGUUUUUGUUUUUUCUGCUUGCCGGGUAGCCUUUGUAGCAGGUUGUACAGUUUUUACCCCGUCUUAGUUUGAACGGGGAUUGGUCGGGGUAACGUUGAACAUACAUGUCACCAUGUGUAUAAUUAUUUAAUUAACCAUAGGCACUUUGUACUAAA